AUGGAGCGCCAAACUUACCCCGGAGUCGACGACAUUGAGCGGAAUGCAGCUAGAGAGGGUUCCAGGAGUCCGGUCAGCAGUUUGGGGGAAGACAGAUCCAAGAGUACCCACCAGUACUCGGAAGAAGAGAAGUUCGAACAGGACCACGACCACGGCAUCGACUGGAACCCAGGAUGGCGCAACCAGUGGCCUUGGGUCGGCUUCGUAGGCUUCAUGACUUUGGUUAUAGCUACGGCUAUGGCUAUCGCCAUCCUCGGGAUAUCCAACCACAAGCGAGUCAAGGACUGGCCGUUCGAGAGAUACCCUAUCCAGCCUAACGUGCUACUCAACAUCGCCAACCAGGUGCAGAAUCUAGGACUCAUCACAAUGAUUGGUCAGGGCUUGGCUAUCGCGUGGUGGCGGAAGGCACUGAGAGGAAGCUCACUUGAGACCUUGCACCGGAACCACGCCUACUCGUACAGCUUCUACGCGAUCAUCACCAGCGGCCGGAAAUUCAACAUCGUUGCACUCGCCGCCUUGAUGACCAAGUUCGCCGUAGUAGACUCCACGCUCUUCCAGAAAGCAACCAAGACAGUCAUCACCCAGCAAACCGCGUACAUGAACAGCUCAGUCACAGCUUGGAUCGCCACCGAGUGGCCUCAGAACAGUGGCGGCAUACCCAGCAAGAAUGACUCCGUCAACCCCAUCAAGACAGUAGACGCCGCAUGGGCUAGUGUCAUCGAUGCGUACACCGGGAAAGUUGCAAACGGCAAAGUCCAUGACUUACUUGGCGCAAAGGCAUCCUUCUUCGACUGCCCGUACCGACAAGAGUGCUCGGGCUUCAUCAAAGGAGUCGGGUUCGCAUUCGACUGCAACACGACGCGAGAGGACAUCGACUACGGCCUGCAGCAUCUAAGCGAGCAAGGCGGCGUGGAGUCGACCUAUCCCCUGUGGGAUAUAUCUUUCAACACCACAUGGGCAACACCGGAAAGACCGUAUGCUAGCGUGCAACUCAACAUGCUGUACGCUGACACGCAUCGCGGCGAGCAGCCAGAAUCAUGUCCGGGUUUCGUGACUCGCCGCUCGUGCGAGAUCCGCCCAGCGGUAGUUGAGUAUCCACUCACGGUGAUGACGCCAAGCGAAGAGGAACUGGCAGGAGGGAACAUUGUCACGCACAUCAAGUUCUUCAAUCAGACGGGCAGCGCCGAUUUUGGAGCUCCGCUCAACGGCGAACAGAUUGACCAGCUCAAAGUCCUGGAGUAUCGCGAUCUCAACGAACAGCUCGGCCAAGUCUCCACCGUGGGCGCCCUCACGUACGUGCUCAACAACCUCUACAGCUCCUCUGCGAAGCUCUCUUUCCGCGAAGAAUGGAACAUCGAGGUCGAGGGCUCGCAAGCCCAAAGCGUCUUCUUCGCUGACUCCGACGACGAUGACGCAAAUCGCUGCUACUACGACAUCGACAAGAACGGCCGCGACGACCCGGCCAUCGCUCUCCUCCGCAAGCUCAAUACCCUGAGCUUUGUGGCAGGGCUGUACCUCAACGGCGCACCGACGACGCCGGAAGAGAAGCGAAAAUCCGCAAACAUGCCCUCCCAAACAGUUCUCACCUCAGUCACCGGCAUUGUCGAAGAAUACACCACCAACUUCAGUUAUGUCGCCGGUGCGCUCGUUGCCACGCUCGUCACCGUGCUGCUCGUGCUGCCCGUGUACUGGGGCUUCUGGGAGCUGGGCCGCAAGGUCACGCUCGGCCCGCUUGAGAUCACAGAAGCGUUUGGCGCGCCUAUUGUCACACCGGAACGCUACAAGAACACGCAUGGCGACUUCACUCAUAUACUGAAGGAGGUGGGCGACCGCAGAGUGCAGUAUGGGCAGCUGAAGGGGGCGCCUGCCGGACAGAUGGGCAUUGCGGAGCCGCAGAGCGUGGUAUAUCCUGAUAAGGUGGUUAGGGCGGGACACUCGCGUACAAAGGACAGGGUGUUCGGGGCGGGCAUCGGGGCUGUGUUGGGUGGUUUGAUUGGCGGUUUGGUGGGCGGGAGUGCCAAAAAUUAG